AUGUCCCUCAGGAUCGACGAUCAGCCUCCCUCGCAAGUCGAAGUCGGGACUACAUUAACACCUCCCCUGGUCGUCAGUGCCCUCGACACGGACAUGAUCAGUUUCUUGACUGUCAUCUUGCUCAAUAUGAACGACAACCCUGUGGACGGAUAUCAAUGGCCGGGUUCCCUGAACAAAGAUUCGUCUCGGGAAGCUGGCCACGAAUACGCUACUUUUUCGAACAUAGUCAUUAACGAGGCUGGUUACUACAAGCUUCGCAUUCAAGCCAUAAUCAUGGUCCCGGGUGCAGCAGCAUAUGACGUCCAAGUGUAUACCAACUUGAUCCACGUCGAAGAAUCUGAAUAG